AUGGCAAAGACCAGUUCAGUAAGGCGGACCUUACUGCCCCGGCUAUGGUGGCAAUUAGGCAGCAUCCGGCUUGUUGCCGAGUAUGUCAUUGGAGAAACCGCCAAGAGGAAGCGCUCAUUCUCGAUCGGCUUGUUAACAGUGUUUUUAACGGUUGCCUUCUUGAGCUUAAUUCAGAAUAUUAUUGAUCGUGCAUCUGUCAUAUUUAUCAAAUUUUCCGAAGAUUCGGCAGGACAAUGGGACUUGCUCCUCUCACCCACCUUGAGCAGUGGUUCACCGUCCAUACUGCUCAAUUACACAGUUAUAAACACAUCCUUAAGCUCAGCACCGCAUGUUGCAGGUGCAGCGCCACGCUGGAUACUUCCAGGCAGUCUUCGUAAAGCGAAUCAACCGGACAAUCCAGUAUAUGUGAUGGCCUUCGACUAUGCACUGGAAAAGGAAAUAGGGCUUGGUUCGUCAUGGCCGUACCGCGAUCUUAAAGAAGGAGAGAUCUCUGUCACUGCAUCUUUAUUGCAGAAAAUGAGAGUAAAACCAAAUUCAGGUGAACGAAUGAAUUUGACCGUAUCUCUGGCGGAUGUUGUAAAGUCGUUGUCUGGCGUCAGUUCCAGCAGCUCGUCGACGAAUAGUGGAACGUCUCAGACAGAUGUCAAUAAUGGUACCGCAUCAACAAAUCCCUCCUCCACCAGCGGUAGCAAUCCGUUUGCAGGGUUUAUACCGGCAUCGGGAUUCAUUGUGUCAAACACUACCCUCUCACUAUUGCCACCUUCUCAACAGAGUUCUAUUUCGAAUUCGUUUCCUAAAGAUUCAAAUGGGAAUGUAAAUGUCACGUCCGAUCAAGCAUGGGCAAUUGUAACGGCCGCAUUGACCAAUUUCACACAGGAGUUUACAGUUGUGGAUGCAAUCAAAGCCCCUCAUGGGAAGUAUCCAAGUGCAAUGGGAAAUGUAGCGAUAAUGGGCCUCGAGGCAGUGGAGAAGAUGAUCAAUGAUUUUAUCAGCGGCAGUCAAAUGACUAGCAGCAACCCUGAUAGCCAAGUAGCUGGACUGCUUUUGGGCUCUUUAGUUGCUCAAGGGAAUGCCGUAUCGUUCCAAAACAUGACCGUAAAGUUGCGGGAGCAUGUAACCUCGGUGAUUGCAGUCAUGAAAGAUCGCAUGGCGACCUACUCGAAACAAGAUCAGUCGCGGAAAUCCGAUGUUGUAAGGUUCUCCAAUGAAGUUGCGACUAAUAUCGGUCUGGGAGCGCCGGUCGACUAUACAGCAGUACUCUUGACAGCCUUGGAAGCCACUAGUUUUAUGCAAAUUUUCCUCGGAGAAGUGCUCUUAACGGUCAUCAUCGUCCUUCUGGCUUUAGCAAUCCUAUUGAUUUUUUCACUGCUUCUAACGGAUGUGGAGGAUAAGACAUUUGAGUACGGGAUGCUUCGGAGCCUUGGAAUGCGUCAACGCAACUUGAUCAAUCUGCUAUUUUUUCAGUCUUUGUAUUUUUCGGUGCCGGCCAUUCUGAUUGGGCUUCUCGUGAGCUAUGUCGCCUUUAUUCCGAUAUCGUACGGGUUAUCCCAAUUCGCCAACAUCCCGCUAGAUGCAUCUUUGAGUACCGCGUCCAUCUCGUUGGGAGUUUGCGCUGGCAUUUUGUUACCCUUAUUGGGAAUGAUUCUGCCCACUCGCCGGGCACUGGGGAAGACGCUCCGAGACGCCCUGGACGUCUUCCGCACCUCUAUCAAUGAUGUGUCCGUCAGGGUUGAGAAACUGGAAAAAUUGGGAUUGUCGCCGAUCGAGAUGAUAAUCGCAUUGGUGUUGAUUGUCGUUGGCUUUCUCGUGUACUAUAUCGUGCCUCUUAGCUUCGUCUUCCAAGAUUUGCAAAUAUUCUUUCGCAUCAUGACUAUUAUAUUACUGGGCAUGUUGCUUGGAGCCAUUUUGCUAGGGCAAGUUCUGCAGCAUUGGUUUGAAGUUACCCUUGCGCAUGUGAUCGUUCGAGGAGUCGAUAAAGCCUUGGUUCACAUUGUUUGCAAGAAUUUGGCGGCCCACAGGCGACGGAACAAUAAGACCACGUUGAUCUUCACGUUGUGCUUGGCAUAUAUCGUGUUUGCAUCGACGAUGUUUACCCUACAAGCAACCUCAUUGAGAGAGCUGGUCGAGUGGCAAUAUGGGGCUGAUAUCUUGGUGACGGCUCCCGAGUGGUCAACUCCCUUACCAGAACAGAGUUUGAGACGCUAUCUGGAUGAUGCCGUCUCUGGAGCCGCCAAUCAAACCCAACGAACGGUGAUCAAAGGAUACACGUUUGCAACUUUUGAUCUGAAUGAGUUCUGGGCAGUCAGCUGGACCGACAUUUACCCUCUUGUGUCGUUGAGUACACCAAACGCUCAAAUAUAUGGGCUGGAGCCGAAUUUUCUCUCGGGUUCAUUGCUGCACUAUUACAUGCCAGACCAGAUCGAUCAAAGCGUUGGCCCUAUCAAAUGCGUGCAAGGAAAUUGCGACCAUCGAGAUGUAGUGGAAGCACUCACGUUCGAAGUUGAUCCAAGGAGUUACCUUGACCUACCGAGGGACCUCGCCGAAAGGCUGCCUGUUCCUAUAGGUGUUACGACGGCUUCUUGGGCGAAUGAACAAUUUGACACGAAUACCACUCGGCUGUACCGCACCGCCAUGCCCGUUCUUGUGUCGAAAGCGCUCGAGGAUACCUCCUAUGUUGAUGUUGCCAAUCUACUUGAGCUCACCAUGAUGUUUACAUCCAGCAGUGAUGGUGGCGGGAACUCAUUUUGGCGUUCGUAUCUAUGCAAGCCAAUUGCCUUCCUUAAAAAGCUCCCUUCCUUUACAAAAGUAGGGUCAGACGAUGGCCAACUGUUUAUUUCAAUGCAAUCGUACGAGCGGCUACUGGGAGAUAUUGGGCAUUUUGCCUCUGUGACCACCGGUAUGAAUGGGACGAAAAUCCCUCUAGAGAAACUCUUAGUCACAGUGUCCUCUGACGCGACGGAUACCGAGAUUGGCACUCUUGCGAAUGAUUUGACGAGCGUCAUAAACAACGACCAGAUCAAAGUCGCAGUACUGAAGGAGCAAGUUAAAGGGACUACGUCGGCGUCGACCUAUAUUAUGUACUUGUUCUACAUUGUUGCGAUCGUUGGCUUAAUAUUCUGCUUUUUCGUAUUAUGGCUAUCAUUUUCAGCCAACAUACGAGAAAACUCUUGGGAAUUUGGCGUUUUGCGGGCUAUAGGAUUUUCGGUGACAAGUGUACAGCGUGUCUACAUUUACGAGGCAGUCUGUAUCAUCUUAUCGUGCGCGAUCAUCGGAACAACUACAGGUGUUUUAAUCGCGCUAGCUGUGGCCCUGCAAUUCAACCUCUUCACGAGCCUACCGUUCAGCUUCACGUUCCCUCUCCCGUUAUAUUGUAUUGUGCUUGGUUUAUCCUUUGCUGUAUCUGUGGCGGGAUCAUACCUUCCCAGCAGACCCUAUGCAAAGGAAAAGAUUGCAUCGGUAUUGAAGGGUAGAUGAUGCUGUUCUUUUAUAGUUUUCCAUUGUACGUAGUUGCAUCUGUCACAAUUUGCCAUAACUUUAUGUUCCAGCAUUACCUUACUCUGUGCUAAAUGCCCAUACCCCAGUCGUGAUAGUACUGCCUAUCAGAGUAUAGAAAUGGAGUAUUGGUUUGGUUUUGACACAGUCUCACGUAUGAUGGCAUAAUCAUAUUUGUAAGAGUAGAUACAGC